AUGUACCAAGUGAAGCAACCAUUCACAUUUUCUCAAGAAACAAAUCCAGCCCAAACCGGAGAAAAGGUUGACGUGGCGUUGAAGAAAUACAUGGAGGAACAGAGAUUGAUCACCAAGAACCUAUAUGAGAAGCUUGAUCACAUGUUUGGUGAUCUAAGCAGCAAGUUUGGAUCUCUCUCUACUUACGUCCAAAAGCUUGAGGUGCAAAUCGCUCAAACAGCCGAGGCGGCCAAGAAACAAAAUGAGGGGAAGAAGAAGAAAAUGAGCCUAAGGACAGGCACAAACCGGAGAGAUACAGUUGGGAAUCAAGAAGAGCUUACAAGAGAAGGCUUGAAGGCAAGCCACUACAAAGAUGAUGUGAGAGAUGACCAUGGCGCGACAACACCACCACAAGAUCCACUGAACCGGAGAAUGGAGAAGCUAAAGGGAUCCUUUGCCCUUCAGCCACUCUUCACCACGAUUGAAAGAAAGAGAAGGAGUCAAGCUAAAUGA